CCAGCCGAACCUACAGCGGUUCCGGGCGCAGCUGAGCGAGGCCCGCCGAGGCAGGGACACCCUGCUGGCCCGGGACGCGGCGCUCUCGGAGGCGGAGCAGCAGCGGCUCCAGGGUUUCCUGAGGCUGGAGAUGGCGCUGCUCCGCUGGUUCCAGGCGCGCGGCGAGCGCGAGGCGGCCCGGCGGGCCCGACGGAGAAAGCCCGUCGGCGGUACGAGUGGAGUGGCCGCGUCUGCCGCGGGCGGCGAGAGGUCUGCAGCACCGCCGGCCCUGGCCAAGGAGGAGGAGGCGGCGCCGAGCGAGGACAAAGAGCAGCCGGUGCCGGCCGAGCCAGCAGCCGCACCCACCACUUCAGUGGAGAAAAUCCAGAACCUCGGAGCCCUUGGCAGCCUUUGCAAGACAGGAUUUCCUCUGCAGGGGAAGGAAAGAAGGAAGGAAGGAAGGGAGCGGAAGGACCAGCAGGGAUCUGUCCUGCGGCCCCAGAAAUGGUCCUGUGAAGGAAGAGGCCCCUGGAGACCUCCAGAGUCCCUGGAGCCCUUUGGAGCUUCUGUGCCGGAGAGAGGAAGGAUGCGGACACCCCAUUUGGCCAAGGAGGGGAGCGGAAAAGGCCCUGCGGUUCUUCAGCCUGGCAGCUGUGGGGAGAGCUGGACCAGAACCAGGCAGAAGGUCCUGCAGGAGGGAACCAUCCUCCCUUCAGAAGUUCUGCCCUGGUCCUUCAUCCGAUACCAGGAGGCUGAAGGUCCCCGAGGACUUUGCAGCCGACUCCAUGACUUGUGCAGGCGAUGGCUGAGCCCAGGAAAGCACAGCAAAGCCCAGAUGCUGGACCUGGUGGUUCUGGAGCGGCUCCUGGCUCUCCUGCCCCCAGAGAUGGAGGACUGGGUGCGGGAAUGUGGAGCAGAGAGCAGCUCCCAGGCAGUGGCCCUGGCGGAAGGCUUCCUCCUGAGCCAGGCGGAGGAGCAGAAGGAGCCUCUCCAGUGGCAGUGCUGCACUGUGGAGAUCAGAGAUCCUGAGGGAAAGAAGAACCCAUCAAAUCCCUCUCAGGAGCUAUUUUUCAGGAGGAUCCCUUGGGAAGAUCAAAGUCAGGACACCUCAGGAGAGAAACAAAGAAUGAAGCUUUCUGAUUUUUAUGAUGGAGAUCAAACAGCAGUUGAACCUCCAAAUCAAGAGAGUCUGGUGUCCUUCGAGGAGGUGGCUGUGUAUUUCUCUGAAGAGGAAUGGUCUCAGCUGGAUCCUGACCAGAAAGCGCUGCAUUCGGAAGUCAUGCUUGAAAACUAUAAGAACGUGGUCUCUCUGGGUAAAAAUGGGCAGGAGAAUCGAGAUUCCUGUGAACUGUUCCAAGUGAUCAGUGCUAAAGAUGGAACGAAGAAGUUUGGAAUUCAAAUGGAAUUCGAAAGCAACCAGAGAAACCAGUCAAAGAAUUGGAAUCAGGAAAACUUAUCUUCCACUGAUGCUCCAAUGCAAGACUUUCUUGCCCAACAAGGGAAAAUAAGAAAAAAAUAUACUGGAAAAAGUGUGAAGCUAAUCAAAGCUAAAGUACAAAUAAAUGAACCCUAUUUAACCCAAAACAAAGGAGAAGAUGCUAUAAGAAGACACAAGGGAGAAAAUUACAAUGGGACUUUCAUUCCUUCUCUUGGGAAUAACUUCCUUACAUCUCAAAAAGUGAUUGACACAAAAGAGAAGCCUUAUAAAUGUUCGGAAUGUGGAAAAUGUUUUAGAACAAGCAGUCAAUUUACUAUCCAUAAAAGGAUCCACACAGGGGAGAAACCAUAUGAAUGCAUAGAGUGUGGAAAGACCUUUGCUCAAAGAGGUAAUCUUACUUCCCAUGAAAGGAUUCACACAGGGGAGAAGCUGUAUAAAUGCAUGGAGUGUGGAAGAACGUUUACUCAUAGCAGUGGACUUAGAAGCCACAAAAAGAUCCACUCAGGAGAGAAACCAUAUAAAUGCAUGGAGUGUGGAAAGACCUUUGCUCAAAGAGGUAAUCUUAUUUCCCAUAAGAUAAUCCACACAGGAGAGAAGCCGUAUAAAUGCAUAGAGUGUGGAAGGACGUUUACUCAUAGCAGUGGACUUAGAAGUCACAAAAAGAUCCACUCAGGAGAGAAACCAUAUAAAUGCAUGGAGUGUGGAAAGACCUUUGCUCUGAGCAGUACGCUUACUUCCCAUGAAAGGAUCCACACAGGGGAGAAACCAUAUAAAUGUAUGGAAUGUGGAAAGACCUUUGCUCGUAGCUGUACACUUAUUUCCCAUGAAAGGAUCCAUACAGGGGAGAAACCAUAUAAAUGCACGGAGUGUGGAAAGACAUUUACUCAAAGAGGUCAACUUAUUUUCCAUCAGGUGAUCCACACAGGGGAGAAGCUGUAUAAAUGCAUGGAGUGUGGAAAGACCUUUGCUUAUAAUAGUGGACUUAUUAUCCACAAAAAGAUCCAUACGGGGGAAAAGCAGUAUAAAUGCAUGGAGUGUGGAAAGAUCUUUGCUUAUAGCAGUGGACUUAUAAGCCACAAAAAGCUCCACACAGGAGAGAAAUCAUAUAAAUGCAUGGAGUGUGGAAAGACCUUUGCUCAUAAAUCUAAUCUUAUUUCCCAUAAAAGAAGCCACACAGGAGAGAAGCCAUAUAGUUGCAUGGAGUGUGGAAAGACCUUUGCUCGUAGAUAUAAUCUUACUUCCCAUGAAAGGAUCCACACAGGGGAGAAACCGUAUAAAUGCAUGGAAUGUGGAAAGACCUUUGCUCACAGAGUUAUUCUUAUUUCCCAUAAGAUGAUCCACACAGGAGAGAAACCAUUUAAAUGCAUGGAGUGUGGGAAGACCUUUGCUUAUAGUAGUGGACUUACUACCCACAAAAAGCUCCACACAGGAGAGAAACCAUUUAAAUUAAUGGAAUGUGGGAAGACCUUUGCUCAAAGAGGUCAUCUUAUUUCCCAUAAGAUGAUCCACACGGGGGAAAAAUCCAGAAAGUGUGUGGAAUGUGGGAAGAGUUUUAUUUCAAGCGGCUCCCUUGCUAAUCACAUUAGUAUUCACACGGGAGAGAAACUGUAUCAAUGUACAGAGUGUGGGAAGGGUUUCAGGUUGAAAACUCACUUCACUUCCUAUAAAAGGGUCCAUACAGCGGAGAAACCCUAUGAAUGCAUAGUGUGUGGAAAGUGCUUCGCACACACUGACAGUCAUAGUGGUUCACUUGCUUCCCAUAACAGGAUCCACACAGGGGAGAAAAAAUAUGCACGCACGAUGUGUGGAAAGAAUUUCACGUGGAGGAAUCAACUUACUUCCCAUAAAAGGAUGCAUUCAGGGGAAAAACCCUAUAAGUGCAUAGAGUGUGGGAAAAGCUUCAAUAUGAACAGUUCGCUUAUGUCUCACAAAAGGGUCCAUGCCGGAGAGAAACCUUAUCAAUGUAUAGAAUGUGGGAAAAACUUUAGCACAAACAAUGACCUUACCUCUCAUAAAAGGGUUCACACAGGAGAGAAACCCUUUCAAUGUAUAGAAUGGGGAAAGAGCUUCAGUGUGAAUAGUUCUCUUACUUGUCAUAAGAGGAUCCAUACCGGAGAGAAAAAAUAUGUAUGCGUGGUGUGUGGGAAGAAUUUCAUGUGGAGGAAUCAACUUACUUCCCAUAAAAGGAUGCAUACAGGGGAAAAACCCUAUAAAUGCAAGGAGUGCGGGAAAACCUUCAGCGUGGACAGUUCCCUUACGUCUCAUAAGAGGAUCCACACUGGAGAGAAACCCUAUGAAUGCAUAGUGUGCAAGAAGAACUUUAGCACAAGCAUUGAUCUUUCUUCCCAUAAAAGGAUCCACACAGGAGAGAAACCCUUUAAAUGCUUGGAGUGUGGAAAGUGUUUUAGCGCGAAUAGUUCCCUUACUUCACAUAGGAGGAUCCAUACAGGGGAGAAACCCUUUCAAUGCACAGAAUGUGGAAAGAGGUUCAGUAUGAAUAACUCCCUUACCUCUCAUAAACGAAUCCAUACUGGAGAGAAACCAUAUUCCUGCCUGGAGUGUGGGAAGAACUUCAGUACAAGUUGUAAUCUCCGUUCCCAUAAAAGAAUCCACAAUGGUCCGCGGCCCACCCGUUGUAAUGACUUUGAAAUUAAAAAGAGCUAUAGCAACAAUAGCAACGUUAUUCCCCAUAAAAAGACCCGUAUGGGAGAAAAACCCUAUAAAUGCCUGGAGUGUGAAAAGAGCUUCAGCAGCAGCAGUUACCUGACCAUCCAUAAAAGGAUCCACACAGGAGAAAAACCGUAUAAAUGCACAGACUGCGGAAAAAGCUUCAGUAUGAAAAGUUCCCUUACGUCGCAUAAAAGGAUUCAUACGGGAGAGAAACCUUAUAAAUGUCUGGAAUGUGGGAAAAGCUUCGGGAACAGAGACCAUCUGACUUCUCAUCAAAGGACCCAUACCGGGGAAAAGCCUUAUAAAUGCACGGACUGUGGAAAGACAUUUAAUUGGCAUGGCCACCUGACUUCUCACAAAAGGAUUCACACGGGAGAGAAACCCUAUAAAUGCCUGCAGUGUGGGAAAAGCUUCAGUAUGAACAGUUCUCUUACUUCUCAUAAAAGGAUCCACACCGGAGAGAAACCCUACCAAUGCUUAGUGUGUGGGAAAAGCUUCAGUAUGAACAGUUCUCUUACUUCUCAUACAAGGGUCCAUACUGGAGAGAAACCCUUUCAAUGCUUGGAGUGUGGAAGAAGCUUUAGUAUGAAAAGUUCCCUUACCUCUCAUCAAAGAAUUCACACGGGAGAAAAACCCUAUAAAUGCGAAGACUGUGGGAAAAGCUUUAGUAUGAAAAGUUCCCUUACUUCUCAUCAAAGGGUUCAUACAGGAGAGAAACCGUAUCAGUGCGUAGAGUGUGGGAAGAGGUUCAGCCACAGUAGUCAGCUUACUUCCCAUAAAAGGAUCCACACAGGAGAAAAACCCUUUACAUGCACAGUGUGUGGAAAGAGCUUCAGCAACAGCAAUCACCUGACCUCUCAUAAAAGAAUGCACACCGGGGAAAAACCCUAUAGAUGCACGGAUUGUGGAAAAAGCUUCAGUAUGAACAGUUCCCUUACCUCUCAUAAAAGGAUCCACUCAGGAGAGAAACCCUAUAAGUGUGCUGAGUGCGGAAAAAGCUUCAGUAUGAACAGUUCUCUUAGAUAUCAUAAAAGGAUCCAUAUGGGAGAAAAACCCUAUAAAUGCACAGAAUGUGGGAAGAGCUUCAUCCGAAGCAGUGAUCUUGCUUCCCACAAAAGGAUCCAUACAGGAGAGAAACCCUUUAAGUGUACUGAAUGUGGAAAGAGCUUCAGUGUAAAGAGUUCUCUCACUUCUCAUAAACGGAUCCACACAGGAGAAAAACCCUAUAAAUGCCUAGAGUGUGGGAAGGGCUUCAGACAAAGCUGCGACCUUGGUUCCCAUAAACGGGUCCACACAGGUGAAAAACCCUAUAAAUGCAUGGAGUGUGGGAACAGCUAUAAAAGCAGCAGUUACCUGAUCCUCCAUAAACGGGUCCACACGGGGGAGAGACCCUAUACAUGCCUGGAGUGUGGAAAGCGCUUCACUAUCAAGGGUUCUCUUACUUCUCAUGAAAGGAUCCAUACAGGAGAGAAACCCUAUAAAUGUCUACAGUGUGGGAAAAGCUUCAGCCGAAGCAGUCAACUUAGUUUCCAUAACAGGAUCCAUACAGGGGAAAAACCUUAUAAGUGCACAGAGUGUGGAAAGACCUUCGCUGCCAGUAGGUCUUUAACGUCCCAUAAAAGGACCCACACAGGAGAGAGACCCUAUAAAUGCCUGCAGUGUGGGGACAGCUUCAGAUUUAAAAGUAACCUUGCUUCCCAUAAGAGGAUACAUACUGGAGAAAAACCCUACAAAUGCAUAAAAUGUGGGAAGAGUUUCAAAAGUAGUCGUGUCUUGAUGUGCCAUAGAAGGAUCCACUCAAGGGAGAAACCUUAUAAAUGUGUGGAUUGUGGAAAGAGCUUCAGUGUAAAGAGUGCUCUUACUUCUCAUAAACGGAUCCACACAGGAGAAAAACCGUAUAAAUGUACGGAGUGUGGAAAGAGCUUCAGGGGAAGCAGUGCGCUUAUUUGUCAUAAACGGAUCCACACAGGAGAAAAACCCUAUAAAUGCACAGAGUGUGGAAAGAGCUUCACUGUAAAUUGUGCUCUUACUUGUCAUAAACGGAUCCACACAGGAGAAAAACCCUACAAAUGCCUGGAGUGUGGGAAGAGCUACAAAAACAGCAGUUACCUGAUCCUCCAUAAAAGGUUCCACACGGGAGAGAAACCCUAUAGAUGCCUGGAGUGUGGAAAGAGCUUCACUAACAAGACUUCUCUUAAUUCUCAUGAAAGGAUCCAUACAGGAGAGAAACCCUAUAAAUGCAUAGAAUGUGGGAAGACCUUCAGGCAGAGUGGUGACCUUAUUAUUCAUAAUCGGGUCCACACAGGAGAAAAACCCUUUAAAUGCAUAGAAUGUGGGAAGAACUUUAGGCAACGCGUUCAACUUAUUUUCCAUAGACGGGUCCACACAGGAGAAAAACCCUUUAAAUGCCUAGAGUGUGGAAAGAGCUUCAGCCAAAGUGGUGCCCUUGUUUGCCAUAAACGGGUCCACACAGGAGAAAAACCCUAUAAAUGCAUGGAGUGUGGAAAGAGCUACAAAAACAGCAAUUACCUGAUCCUCCAUAAACGGCUCCACACGGGAGAGAAACCCUAUACAUGCCUGGAGUGUGGAAAGAACUUCACUAACAAGACUUCUCUUACUUGUCAUGAAAGGAUCCACACAGGAGAGAAACCUCAUAAAUGUAUAGAGUGUGGGAAGAGCUUCAGCGAAAGGAGACAACUUAUUUCUCAUAACAGUAUCCAUACAGGAGAAAAACCUUAUAAGUGCACAGAGUGUGGAAAGACCUUUGCUGCCAGUAGGUCUCUGACUAAACAUAAAAGGACCCAUGCAGGAGAGAAAGUUCCAUAAUUGCUGGAAUGUGGGAAGAGCUUCAGAUUUCAAAGUCACCUUACUUCCCAUAAGAGGAUCCACAGCGACAAAAAACCCUAUAAAUGCAUGGAGUGUGGAAAGAGCUUCGGGGGAAACAGUGCUCUUCAUUAUCAUAAACGGAUCCACACAGGAGAAAAGCCCUAUAAAUGCAUGGAGUGUGGAAGGAGCUUCAGUGUAAAGAAGUCUCUUACUGCUCAUAAACGGAUGCACACUGGAGAAAAACCCUACAAAUGCAUAGAGUGUGGGAAGAGUUUCUCAACUAGCAAUUACCUGAGGUGCCAUAGAACAAUCCAUUCAGGGGAAAAACCUUAUAACUGUGUGUAUUGUGGGGAAAGGUUCAGAACGACGUGUUCCCUUAUGUUCCAUAAAAGGAUACAUACAGGAGAAAAACCCUAUAAAUGCAUGGAGUGUGGAAAGAGCUUCAGCGGAAGCAAUGCUUUCAAUUGUCAUACACGGAUCCACACAGGAGAAAAACCCUAUAAAUGCCUAGAGUGUGGGAGGGGCUUCAGACGUAUUGGUGAGCUUAUUUCCCAUAAACGGAUCCACACAGGAGAAAAACCUUAUGAAUGCACAGAGUGUGGAAAGAGCUUCAGUGUAAGGAGUUCUCUCACUUCUCAUAAACGGAUCCACACAGGAGAAAAACCCUAUAAAUGCCUAGAGUGUGGGAAGGGCUUCAAGCAAAGCUGUGCCCUUUCUUCCCAUAAACGGGUCCACACAGGAGAAAAACCCUAUACAUGCAUGGAGUGUGGAAAGAGCUAUAAAAACAGUAGUUACCUCAUCCUCCAUAAACGGGCCCACACGGGAGAGAAACCCUAUACAUGUCUGGAGUGUGGAAAGAGCUUCACUACCAAGGGUUACCUUUCUUGUCAUGAAAAGAUUCACACAGGAGAGAAACCCUAUAAAUGUCUAGAGUGUGGGAAGAGCUUCCGCCGAAGCAGUGAACUUAAUUUCCAUAAUAGGAGCCAUACAGGAGAAAAACCUUAUAAGUGCACAGAGUGUGGAAAGACCUUCGCUGCCAGUAGAACUUUAACAUCCCAUAAAAGGUUCCACACAGAAGAGAAACCCUAUAAAUGCCUGGAAUGUGGGGAGAUCUUCAGUUUUAUAAGUCACCUUACUUCCCAUAAGAGGAUCCACAGCAGAGGGAAACCUUCAGGUAGUCAAGAUAAAUAUUUGGAAAUAUACUUAACAGCAAGAUGUGCAACAAUUCAAGAAGGUAACUAUAAAAGAUUAACACAAGAGAUCAAAUUGGACUUGGAGAACUGAAAAACCUUGCAACUGUCAAUGAGAGGAAGAUUACCAAUCAUAGAAAUUAACAUCUUGCCGAAGGUACUUUUUUUGUCCCAAACGAUCCCUAUAUAAUUAGAGAAAAAAUACUUUGAUGAGCUAAAUACAAUAAUCUUGAAAUAUGUUAUACAAAAAAACCCAGCAAAAAUAAGAUGGAAAAUGCUGUAAGAAUCUAAAAACAACAAUGGGUUUGGGUUGCUGUAUUGGGAGCUUUAUUACCAGGCUUCCGUACUAACUUGGGUUAAAGAAUGGAUAAAUCUAAAGACAUAGAAGACUACUACUGUUGAGGGGACAUGAUCUGCAAUUGGGAUGGCAUGCCUUUUUGUGGUAUGAAAAGAAUAAAAUACAUAGAUAUUUUCAAAGGCACUAUGGAAGAAACACUCUACUCUUAGUAUUGGAAAAAGUUAAGGCAAAAAACUAUAUGCAAAUACCAGUUUGGUUUUCCACAAUGGAAGCACUGAUGCACCCAAAUGUUGUAAAUUUGGCAAAAAUUGUAACAAAGAUAUUCUGAACGAGGAAGGGGAAUUAAAAACAAAACAAGGUGUGGAGCUGGCAUGGUUGCUAUACCUGCAAAUACAAUCGAGAUAUGAGAAAGAUGAAAAGACACAUGGUCUCUAUAAAGAGCCAAGAACACUUGGUCAGAUACUAUUUGCAAUGGAUGUAGAAUUAAUAAAGAAAAUAUAUAGUUUUCUAUUAAAUCUUAAAAUGGAAGAUGAACAAGUGAGAGAAAUAAUGAUAGUAUGGCAAAAAGUUGAGGAUAGAAAUUAUAAAUUGACAAUGGCAACUACCUAUAAGGAAAGACAGUUCAAUAUUUAGGAACUCAGUUGACAGCAAGAUGUGGAACAAUCAAAGAAGUUAACUAUUACAAACUUAAACAACAAAUUAAGACAGAAAAAUGGGGUAAUAUGCAAUUGUCAUUAACAGGAAGAAUUGUGGCAAUUAAGAUUAAUAUAUUAUCCAAAGUGUUCUAUUUGUAUCAAAAAAUUCCAAUAAGCUUUGGAAAA